AUGGACCGUGUGCGAGACUGGAAGGGGCUCAUGCCUCACAUCGCCACGCUGAGCAACGCCUACCGCCCCCGCAGCAACGCGGACAACCGGAUUCCGCAUAGCUUUGUGUUCCGACGGCGGGAUAGCCACUUGCCAGCCGGCUCAAGUUUCCCGUACGACGUCCUGGAAAACGGCCACUUCGUGCCAGGAACUGAUCGGUGGGAGGCUGCCCGAUACCGUGGCAAGGACUUGUGGAGGGCCAUCAUGCACGUCACGCCCGCAUCAUCCGUGAUGUACUGUGGGAGGGUCAACCAGCUCUUCACCAACCAGGUGACAAAGGAGUCCUCGGCCAAGAAGAAGAAAGCUGCCCAGCUGAACCUGGACGAGCACCAGCAAAUCAUGGACAAUACGCUUCUGUGGCUCUGGCUGCGACCAAAGCUGGCUAACGCGAUGGAUGGCAGCACGAUGGAAAAACUCGACGAGAUGUGGCUCACCGGGCUACUAGACCAAGACCUGGACUCCUGCUGCAAGGCAGCAGACCCGCAGUUGGACUGGGAACGGAUCCCUUUCGUGCUUGAGGCGGUCGGAAAGCACAAAGAAGACUACGUCCGAGCCGCGCAAUCCAAGACAAAGAACGCGCACAAAGCUUCGAUCGCAGCUGCCUACAACUACUUCAAAGCACAGCUCGACGCAGACCAAGCUACCUACGAGGCAAUGAAGCUGAGGAACUGCAAGGAAAGCAGCCGCAAGCGAAAGGAGCUCCUAAGCCGGCUCCAGGAGAUGCGACUUGUCGAGCACACCAAGUCGUGGGCCCUGGUCAACAACUACGUGGAGAACAACUUGAAAGUGUGGUCAGUUGCCAAGGAUGGCUCCGUGUUGCCGACACUUCUUCCAUGGCUUGAGGAAAGGAUGGAUGCCGCCAGUUACGCGCGGCAGCAGGAGGAGGAGGGCUACAUCCUCUACGUGUGCCUCCCAACCGUUGGUGUGGUGCCCGCUGGGAAGCAACAGUUCUUCUUUGACUUGAUUACCGGAUUCUUGGCAGCACGGCCAUCCAACAGCAUUGCCAUCGUCAUCCACGCCAACCGAGCUUCGGAAGCCAAGACCAAAAAGCGCAAAACCAAAGAUGAGCCGGGCGAUGACUUGUUUGAUGAUGAAGUGAAGCAGCCGGAUUCUGAUGAUAGCGAUCAAGGCGGAGAUGAAAACAACGAUGAGUCAAGGGAUGAGGAUGGCCCUUCUGAGGAACAACAGCUUCUAACAGAAUUUCGCCACCGGUUUGAGAUCACCUUGCGCCAGCCUGCGCGAAUGCUGUCUGUGAAGGACCUCUUGAUCACAUUCAACGUUGCAUCCACAUAUGGGCGCAGGUCAGGAUUCUUGAAGUCUUUGAUGGUGACCGCCCGCAUGGCUGGCGGGGGCACCAACAUUUUCUGGAAGUCCUCUGCGUGGCGCAGGGGCAUCGUUCAUGAUGUGCAGAUGUGCCCCCGUGCCGAGAUGUAUAAGCCCUCACAGUCAUCAUUGACUAUGCAGUCUGCGAUGACGGACACGCAGGAGUACAAGCAGGCCAUUGACUGA